UUGGUUCUUUCAUGUUUCAGUAGUGAAAAAGAAAGCAAAACGGCAGUGACAACAGCGACGACAAGCAAUGGCAAAAAUGGGGAAGCAGCAAAAUUAAAGAAAUCGAAUACCGUCGAUGGCGGUGGCGGUAGUGGUGGCGGUAUUCCAAUGGAAUCUUCCAAAAAUGGCAAUGAGUCGGAGCAGGCGGCAACUGCUAAGGCGCCGACGACCCUUGCGAAAUUGCUUGGCAAUGGAAAUGUGGUUAGGGGAAAUGUCUGUAUCGGCCAGACCGUUUUCGUUCCUCCAGCUCCGGACGCUAAAUUGAUGUUUGAGCAAAGGAAAAGGAACCAUUUGUACAAUGGCGCCGCGCCGAUUUCUCCGAGUGCCGGAAGCGAAAGCGCUUAUGGUGAUGAUGAAAUGGAGAAUGAACAGGAAGAAGUGCUGGGAAGCGACGACGAAGAACAGGAAGAUCCAAAGGAUUAUCGCAAGGGUGGCUAUCAUCCAGUUGCGAUCGGUGAUGUUUUCAACGGCCGCUACCACGUAAUUCGCAAGAUGGGCUGGGGCCACUUCUCCACCGUUUGGCUUUGCUGGGAUACGGUCCAGACGCGUUUUGUUGCUAUGAAAAUUCUGUUGGUAGCGGUACGUAAUUCGGACGAUAGUGAUGCUUUUCGUGAACGAGUGGUGCAGCUUCUCGAUGAAUUCUCGGUCACUGGUGUAAAUGGCACACAUAUCUGCAUGGUUUUCGAGGUUCUUGGAUGUAAUCUGCUGAAACUGAUCAUCCGAAGCAACUAUCAGGGCUUGCCACUGGAACAGGUGCGCACCAUUACCAGGCAGGUGCUCGAAGGAUUGCAGUAUCUCCAUGAGAAGUGCCACAUCAUUCACACCGAUAUUAAGCCCGAGAAUGUUCUUGUCACUUUGACGCACGAUCAAGUCCGCCGGGUCAGUCUGCACGUUUUGAUUUCGAUCACUCAAUGUGAGAAUCCUAAAAUACAAAAUUUUGUUGAUUUUUUUAAAAGUGGAAUGGUUUUUUCUCAUUUAACAUUAUUUUGUAUCUGUAGAUUUCCAGUGUUCAAUCUUUCAGAUCGCUGCUGA